AUGGAAGUGGUGGACAAUGAGAAUCAACAAUGGCAACUGAUUGGGUUUUCUGGAGAGCCAAAUACAAGCUUGAGAUAUAAGUUGUGGGAACUAAUGAGGAAGCUAGUUGAAGAUGUGGAGCUAGAAGAUCUGGGAUGCAUGGGACUUUGGUACACAUGGGAAAGGGGGAGAGAUCCCAAUCGGAUUAUAAGGAAGCGACUAGAUAGAGCACUGGGAAACAGGGAGUGGAAAUAUUUAUUUCCAAGGUUUUCGUUUACUAAUAACCCAAUCGUCGUAUUUGAACAUAAUCCGAUUUUGGUGGACACAGAAGGAUGCAAAUUAAACAGGCUUAAGGGGCGAAGGAGAAGAAGGUUCUAUUUUGAAUCGAUGUGGCCCAAAGAGGAGGAUUGUGAUGACAUUAUAAGCAAUAGCUGGAAUAGUGGGACAAGGGGAUGUCAGCAUGAAAAGUUGGCUAUUGUGAAGCAACAUCUUGGCACGUGGAACAAAGCUAUGUUCACCACUUCCACAUGCAAAUCAAGGAGUUGA